AAAGGAGCUCUUGGGGAAGAGGAGAGCUGUGGCUCCCUCCCAGAUCUGGGGGUCGUGGAGAGAAGUGCUUCUGAACAGUGACCCAGGCCCCUUGUUGUAGCGCCUCUCCAUAAGGAGCAUCCCUCGAUUGGCCACCCUGAGCCUGUCUGGUUUUGUUCGGCCCCAGCUGUCCCUCCCAGCUCGCCCGCCCUUAGUUCCUGAAGCCGCCGACCUGUCGCGGCUGGAACCGUGGGCCAGGCGAAACCCCGGCAGUGGACGGCGCCCAAGAGUUUGAUGACAUCUGCUCUGGCUGCGUUGGCAUCCCAUGCGUUGUUCCUCUCACUAGCGAAGUUUCUCAGUGGUGCAGCCCCUCCAGCCUUUUCUUGAUCGAGGAGCGCGCGCGCGUUCCGCUGCGGUCCUUGGAGACUGCGCUAGGCGACUGGGUUGUGGCUUUGCUCCAGCCCCCAGCCAAUCUUGGGGGUGGGGCUUGGGGAACCGAGGAGCCAGCCUGAGAACCCUCGACUCACGCCGGCGAGCUAAUAGCCACAACCUAGCAUAUAGUUAGAGGACCUGGGCGCUGAAGUAAUCUCUCUCCGAAGGAACGCUCUGGCUGCACCUGCUCUCCUACUCCGACUUGGUUCUCCGCUGACUUGACACUGUGAGAAGCUGCUGAGGGGCCGGUGCCCCGACAGGUGGCUGUCCCCAGCCUGGGGGACUGCUAAAGGAGUCGCAACUGAAACAGCUGUUCCCAUGGCUCUUCAGGCACCUAGAAUUGGGAUCCGGACUGGGCGCUGGGAUGCUUGCUUUUUCCUUGUUCCAGUUUCACAGCACGUAUGUUGAUGAUUGGACUCUUGAGCCAGUCAAGAGUCAACUUCAAAGUGGUACUCCUGGGCUCUGCAUCCCAGACUCCGAGUGGAACAGGAGUCCAGAAGAGAGGGAUCUUCUGCUCUAACUAGUGGAUCUCCGUUCUGGAACUGGACUUCACAGAGCCCUGCUCACUGAGGCUUGACCAUAGUGGCUACAGGCUUCUCUUGGGGAUGGGUGUGUGGGUGCUGUGAGCGCCAGAUGUCAACACUCCGAACCGCGACAAUGGACAGAGUUUACGAAAUUCCCGAGGAGCCCAAUGUGGACCGGGUUUCAUCUCUGGAGGAAGAUGUCAUCCGUGGGGCCAGCCCCCGCUUUACUUUUCCCUUCGGUAUCCUCUUCUCCACCUUUUUGUACUGUGGGGAGGCUGCAUCUGCCUUGUACAUGGUUAGAACCUAUCGGAAGAGUAAUGAAACCUUCUGGAUGACAUACACCCUUUCCUUCUUCAUGUUUUCAUCUAUUAUGGUCCAGCUGACCCUCAUUUUUGUGCACAGAGAUCUGGCCAAAGAUAGACCAUUCUCAUUAUUCAUGCAUCUAAUCCUCUUGGGACCUGUUAUCAGAUGUUCGGAGGCCAUGAUUAAAUACCUCACACUGUGCAAGAAGGAGGGGCAGGAGGAGCCCUAUGUCAGCCUCACCCGAAAGAAGAUGCUAAUAGAUGGCCAGGAGGUGCUGAUAGAAUGGGAGGUGGGCCACUCCAUCCGGACCCUGGCUAUGCACCGCAAUGCCUACAAACGUAUGUCGCAGAUCCAAGCCUUCCUGGGCUCAGUGCCCCAGCUGACCUAUCAGCUCUAUGUGACCCUGAUCUCUGCAGAGGUCCCCCUGGGUAGAGCCGUGCUAAUGGUCUUUUCCCUGAUAUCUGUCACCUAUGGGGCUACCCUCUGCAAUAUGUUGGCUAUCCAGAUCAAAUAUGAUGACUACAAGAUUCGCCUUGGACCACUGGAAGUCCUUUGCAUCACCAUCUGGCGGACAUUGGAGAUCACAUCCCGCCUCAUGAUCCUGGUGCUCUUCUCAGCUACUUUGAAACUGAAGGCUUUGCCUUUCUUAGUGCUCAACUUCCUGAUCAUCCUCUUGGAGCCUUGGGUUAAGUUCUGGAGGAGUGGGGCCCAGAUGCCCAAUAACAUUGAGAAAAACUUCAGCCGGGUUGGUACCCUGGUGGUACUGAUUUCAGUCACUGUCCUCUAUGCUGGCAUCAACUUCUCUUGCUGGUCAGCCUUGCAGUUGAAGUUGGCAGACAGAGAUCUUGUUGACAAAGGUCAGAACUGGGGUCAUAUGGGCCUGCACUAUAGUGUGAGAUUGGUAGAGAAUGUGAUCAUGGUCUUGGUUUUUAAGUUCCUUGGCGUGAAAGUGUUACUGAAUUACUGCCAUUCUUUGCUUGCCGUGCAGCUCAUUAUCGCAUAUGUAAUUUCCAUUGGCUUCAUGCUCCUUUUCUUCCAGUACUUGCAUCCUUUGCGCUCGCUCUUCACCCAUAAUGUUAUAGAUUACCUCCAUUGUGUCUGCUGCCACCGGCAGUCUCAGGACAGGGCUGAGAACUCGGAGCCACCUGUUGAGGCUGAAGCAAGGCAAAGCAUUGUCUGAUUCCAUCUUCUGAAUAUUUUAGGGAUGGGCUAGGAGUUACCAAGAGCAACUGUGAAAUUUCAGGAAAGGAUGAUGCUCAUGGGUGAGUACCCACCAAGACAUUUUCUAGAGUUUCCUGGUAAACCUGUAAGAAGAAGAGGUUGCUCCCAAAGAGGUUUUAUUUUAUUUCUUUCAGAUUUACUGCUAUGUUUGGACCCCAGAGGUAUCCACUACUUACUUGGAAGCAUCAGAAAUACCAUUGACAUUCCUCCCACCCAGGUCAAUUCAGAUAACAUACUUCUAAGCAUCUUGGGCUCUCUCUGACUUUCUGGCCCUGCUCAUUGGCUGAGGCAUUACUGAGCUUUCCUGGACUGAGCAGAAGGCCCAGAAUCCCAUCCGAAUUGAUCAUAAUUGAUCAGAGGAUGUGAUGGCUUACUGGCUGUGGGUACAUCCCAGGAAACAGUCUGACUAAUGUGAAACCUGCAUCUGUGAGUGUCGCUGGAGUCUUCAUUCUAAUGAGAAGCCCCCAUUAUUAAAAGAGUUGCUCCCCCAAUGAGUUAGCAUUCCAUUAGGAUUUUGUUGUGGUCAUUCCACAAGGACCUCUCUUUUCAGUGGCCCUUGGUAAGCAUGCUCUGAAGUGGGAGUACACAGUAGGAUUCUUUCAGGGCAUAAGACAGAAUGACUCCUUUUUUCCCUCAGGGACUUGCAUAGCCCUCCAGUUUGUCCAGGGGAACAGCUGAGUGAAAUCUCCCACUUAGUGCCUCAUUAAUAAGGAGUCCCACCAGCCAAGCCUUGCUGUGCUCCUGGCAUUACAGUACUUGAUGUAGACCUCAGAGAAGCUGGACUGCAGUUGAAAAUGUUUCUGAUGAGUGGAAAUGAAGACUUCUUUGUGUUGGCUUGAUUAUUUUGUUGAUUUUUUUUUUUAGGGGAGAGAGAAAAUAAUGGCUGGGACAUCACCUUCAUGUUAUUUGGGACAGAGGAGGGAAACCAGAUCACAUUAAGUCAUCAUCAGUACUGGUUUAGCCCAUAGGAUUUUACUUUCUAAUAAAGAACAAAUGUUUGUCAACCCUCUUCUCAUUCCUAAACUCCCAAUGGGUGAAUGCAUGUCUCCCUUUCUGAUAUAUCACAAUGUUUACAUCUUAUUUCAGUUGGGUAUUUUGAUGAGAAUGUCAGCUGGAUGCCUCCAAGGUAGCCAAGAAAUUCAGGAUAUUAUGGCCACUUCCCAGUGGGACCAAAUAUCCCAUAAUUUACCUGAAUAAUGCUUGUCCAUCACAGAGUAGGAAAAUGAGAACUCUUAGUCAUGUGUGCCACUUGUGGCCCUGACAGUGCUUCAAGUAAUUGUCAACAAUGUGACCUAAGAUUUCCUGAUCAAGUUUACUCUUGGGAUCAUGCUAAGAAGUUAUCUAGCUAUUUCCCCCUCUUAUUCAAUGUGAGGACAUGAUGUUGGGGGAAGCUCCUUCCUCUAAGUAGUGGGGCUGUUAAGCAGAAUUAUACUUUUACUUAGCAUGGGUAGUGUGAUUUUCUCAACUUCAACUGCUGUUGGGGGUAAGUGAUGGGAUAGUUAAUUUGGGGGAGACUGUAGUGACUUGCUUUGAAGCAACAGAGAUUUCGUUUUUCAGACUCAACUCCCUUAUUCCAUUUUCUCAUAAUGAAGAAGAGACUUAGGUUGUUGUCAUAUAAACCUCACAACUGACAUUUGACUGUGUUAUUCAUGGUGAACUUGAAAGAAAUAAUCUAUUAGAACAGAAGAACACAUCGCCUCUUUGGAAUUCAAGCAAGAAUUUCUCCCCAGUGGUCAACAUGCCCUUAAUUAAGCCAAGGAGCAGCAAGGAACAAUAAUUUGGUUCAUAAAAGCAUAUGAAUCAGCUACUUAAGAGGUAGGUACUAUGGAAAUGUAGAGAGACACAUCAAGUAGGGCAGGCCAAUUAUAGCUAGAGUAGAGAUGCACAGGGCAGACUACACAGCAUCCACCUCCCUCUGUAGUCCUCCCCAGCCUCGGUGAUUUAAUAUCUUGGGAAUGCAGGCAGUUUAGGGAGAGGGCUGUGGAGCAGCUUCCAACCUGAAAAACCUGCUUCCUUCACCCAAGAAGAAAGACUGUGGUGAUACCUUAUGCAAACGAAUUAUUGGAACCUCCUGAAGAUGAUAGCCUUCCUGUUUAACAGAAAUCUUCCAGAUACACCAGAGAAGGAAUUGUGAAAUAUGGUGUUGGAGUGAGGGGACAGGGCAAGUGCCCUCUCCUAAGCAGUCUUCAAAAAGUUCAUGGAAGUGCAGAUGAUAAAAAACUAUGUAUGGAUUUUAAAAAAAUAUUACAUCAAAAUAUACUUUUCAUUCCAUUUUCUAUGAAUUCCUUGAAAUACCUUCAUAUUUGCAAGCAUUUCUUCAAUUGACUAAACUCUUUUUAUCCUCUGAAAUUUUUUUUAAAGACUUAUUUAUUGGAGCCCUUGCUAUGGCAUAGCAUGUUUAAGCCACCAUCUGCAAUGCUGAUAUCCCACACGGGUGCUGGUUUAAGUCCCAGCUGUUCUACUUCCAAUCCAGCUCCCUGUUAAUGUGCCUGGGAAAGCAGCAGAAGAUGGCUGAAGUCCUUGGACCCCUGCACGCUCAUGGGAGACCUGGAAGAAGUUCCUGGCUCCUGGCUCCUGGCUCCUGGCUCCUGGCUCCUGGCUUUGGCCUGGCCCAGCCCAGGGCGAUUACAGCCAUUUGGGGAGUGAACCAGCAGAUGGAAAACCUCUCUCUCUGUCUCUCCAUCUUUUUAAAAGAUUUAUUUAUUUGAAAGGCGGAGUUACAGGGAGAAGGAGAGAGAAGGAGAGUGAGGGAGAGAGAGAUCAUACAUCCUCUGGUUCAUUCCCCAAAUGGCUACAACAAUCAGGGCUGAGUCACCUGAAGCCAAGAGCCAGGAACUCUAUCCGGGUCUCCUAUGUGGCACUCAAGUACUUAGGCCAUCUUAUACUACUUUCCAUGGUGCAUUAGCAGAGAGCUGGAUCAGAAGCAAAGUAGCCAAGUCUUAAACUCUUGCUCUGAUAUGGAAUGCCAGAGUUGCAGGUGGUGGCUUAACCUGCUGUGCCACAAUGCUAACCCAAGCACCAUGGGGUACCUGGGUAAGAACAAAUCUUACUGAGUGGAGGAGGUGGCACAGGUGAGACCAGAAAACCAUAAAGUUUGGAAAAAAGCAUUAGGCCGAAGUUACAAUAGCUAUUUUCAGAUUACUGGAACUUUGGUAGCCUAAGUAUGGACAAACUAACAUGUUACGGAAAUGUAUUAAGUUGUCAUGUUUAUUUGCUCCACAAAUACUUUCAAGACUAUUGGUGUGGAGUUGUGAGGCACUGUGGGUGAGUUAAAUAAUAUUAAAUAUUUAAAUAAAACACUUAGGAUAAAUAAAGUUUAUAUUUAUGAGUGCUUGCUAUAGGCCUGGCACAGCACUAGGAUUUCUUAUGGAUUGUUUCAUUCAAUCCUCACAACUGUGGGGAGCAACUCGGACUAGACUGUUACUCGAAUUAAGACUUAUUCUAUGCAUCUGCUCUCCCACAAUAUGGCGCUGGGAGAGGAGGAAACAGCUUCUACACAGCUGCCUCCAGUUCAACCAAUAAACAGCAGGACCUGCUCCUGAUUGGAGGAGAGCAGCGUACUCGGCGUGUGGGUAGCAGAGUUGGGAUUGGUGGAAGAGGACUAUAAAGGAGGAGAGAGACACCAUGCACUGGGAACAUCUAAGAGGAAUACCUGUGCAGCCCCCGAGAGAGCCGGCCGGCGGUGUGCCGCUCCCCCGUGGAAGUGGGGAAAGUGGCAGGGGGAACCGCCCUUCCACGGAGGUGGAAGGGAUGGUAGCCAACCCGGGAAGAACCAGCAGCAAACCCAGGGAGGGCCGAGCAGACGAAAGAACAGCGCAGGGUCCUGUGUCGUUCCUCCACGAAGAGGGGGAGCGACAUAAUGGUGCCGUGACUCGGAUAUGAAGCCUAGGCAGGGUUUAGUGUCGUUCCUCCACGAAGAGGGGGAGCGACACACAACAACACUUAAUGAAGUAAAUAUUGUUAUUAUCUUCCAUUUUACAGAUUUAGAUUCUUUUAAAAGUGUUUUUUCUUUAUUUGAAAGGCAGAGAGAGAGAAAGAAAGAGAGAGAUCUCCUAUCCUCUGGUUUACUCCCCAGAUGCCCACAACAGCCAGGGGCAAACUAGUACAAAACCAGGAGUUGGGGGCUCAAUCUAGGUUUCCCAGGUGGGUAGCAGGAACCCAAGUAGUUGUGCCAUCACCUGCUGCCUUCCAGAGUAUGCACUGGCAGGAAGCUGGAAUGGAAAGGAGAGUUGGAACUCAAACUAGGUUCUCCAAUAUGAGCUGAGGGCAUGCUGAGCAACUGCUAGAUCAAGUGCCUGUCCCUACAGAUGAUGAUUGUUAAGACUUUGAAAAGUUAAGAGAUUUGUGCAAGAUCACAGCUAGUGUCAGAGCCAGCAUUCAGUCUUCAAACCUCAGGCUCCAGACCUUAUGCUCUUAAUCUUAUUUAACUAAGUCUUUGUAGGUCCUUUGUGAAAUUAUUUUAAUGUUAUUGGUUUCACCAGUGUUUUCUGGGCCCUGGCUGGGCCCAUACCAAAUAUUUCUUCUCACAAAUACUAUUUAUCAGGGAACACUGCUCAGUUCCUUCUAGAGAAUAGUCAAGUCUUAAAAUGUCCUUGUGAAAACCCGAACGUGUGCUCAGAUACUCUUGUAGGUUUGUUCUUGGGUUUGGCGGGCACUAUUGUAGACGGGCCCAUUUCCCUUUUAGUUCCACGACUUUGGCUGCUGCGUGUUCCUGAACAUACACCUUCCUAAUUCUGCUUGUGAGAGAAAGUUGGAGACAACAGUUCCCACUCAGGUUUGUUUGAACUGUGACCCCAGAAACAGCCCAUCAGGAUGAUGUUGAAGCCCAUUCUCUUUUGCCCCCUCUUGCCAAUAUUGCUCUUUCUCCCACUGAGAAGCUGAUUCUUAGUUGUAUAGUGGGCCAGGGAAGUAGAUGGUAGAGAAUAACAGCCCCAUCCCCCACCCCACAGCACACCCUAGCUAUUAUUGCCCUAGAAGCUUUGGUCAACCUGUACUGCCCUCUCUUACUCUCUGGGGGCAGCAGUAUAUGGAAAAUCUCUGUACCUUCCUCCUCCUUUUGCUGUGAACCUAAAACUGCUCUAUGAAAAUAAAAUAUUUUUUAAAAACCUUGAGCCUAACAUUAUUAAACAAAAUAUAAUCAUUUAUGAGAGUAUCCACAAUUGACUUAAUAGGACCGUCUCUGUUCCAGAAUUAUAAUCUUAAAUGAACCUUUAUAGAAAUAAAAUUGUAUAUUAAAUUGUAUGUUAGUUAAAUAGGAAAAAAAGACACCCUGAUUUUUGUUCUUAUUGGCCAGUGGGACUUAACAAGCUUUGAUUCUAACUUAGCAAUCUUAUUUUAACAUUCUUUUGUAUUUUUUUGUUACUGUCCAUUUAUAAAACACCAUUUUUCAUAUCCUCUUUUUAGUUGACUUUACCAUUCUACUGAUUUCCUCUUUCAUGAAUUAAAUAAAAUGUUG